AUGUCCGAGGCUCCAGAACCCAAGGACACCAAGGGCCAAAGCAAAUUGAAGCAAUUGGCCACCUCCAGCACCUGGACUUCGCCUUUCAGAUCAGGCAAGAAGAAGAACAUUGUGCAAGAGUUCAAGACCACCAACGACGUCUCGCAGAUCCAAGUUCCCAAGAAGUUCACCUCCCACCCCACUUUGGAGGCCGAGAACAAGAAGGCUGCUGCUGCGAAGACCCAUACCGAGUCGAUUGCUUCUGCUGAUAAGACUAAGGAAACUGACGUUGAAGCAGUUCAGACUGGUGUUGCCGCCGAGACCACAGAAACUGUUGAAGCUGCCGAGACUGACGUCCCAGAGGCUGUAGUGAAGGACAUUGAGGUCGCAGAGGAGAACGCUGAGGUACCAGUGGAGGCUGAGGUCAAGGACAAAGUUGACGCUGAGGUUGAGGCCAUCAACGAAGGCAACCACGCUGCCCUGGUGCCUGCUCCAACCGUCAAGGCUGCUGAUCCAAAUGUGGAGCUUCAUGGUGCUCCAGAUGAUGACAUCGUAGAGCAGGUCGAGAAGGCUCCAAUUGAACUCGAGGUUGAAAACAAGUACGAGCCGGUCCAGAUGCCCAACCAAGCUGUCUUGGACUCUUUGCAAGACAAGCCUAACCUCUUGAACAGAUACCAGGAGCUCAACACCACUGCAAUCGGCUCUGUGUCUAAGAGCUUGGAUGACCCUAACAAGGUCAUUGACUUGGGUAGUGGACUCAAGUUGACUCAACAGCAAUUGCUCGAUAUUGCUGCUAAGAGAGUUGCUCCUUUGAUUUCCAACAUCAACGAGGAGGUUGCAAAGUCUCGUGAAGAAGAUCGUAUCGUCAACCAGAACGAAUUGGACUCCAAAGUUGCCAAACACCAAUCUAAAUUGAAGGGUCUUUUCGAUAAGCACGUCGCCAAGUGCGAGAAGCAAAAGGAGAAGAUCACCAAGGAUCAUGAAUUGCAACUCGGUCAAGUUGCCAACAGAAACACCGCCGCUGUAAACGAACAUGAAGCCUACAAGACUCAAAAUGCCACAGAUAUCGAGACAGCUAACACCGAGUACGCCGAGCGUGAAAAGAAGGCCGUCGAGAAGCAUGAAUCUGACAAGGAGACCUUGCUCAAGAACCACGACGAGUUAGAGGCUACCAAGAAACAAGAGUUGCAAAGCGCUAAGGAUGAUCAAGUCACCACUGCUCAAGAAAUUGAGGAGUUGAAGGAGAAGAACAUCAACGUUGGUGCCCACAAUGAAGAAUUGGACAAAGAGCUUGAGGAAUUGACCAAGCAGUUGGAGGACCGUGAAAACGAGCUCAAGGGCUUGCAAGACAAACUUUACGCUGAGAGAAUUGCUGUGGACAAACAUGAAGCCACAAAGAAGGACAUCAAUGAGAAAUUGGAUGCUGCUAAUGCUGAAGUCGAGACCAAGAAGUCGCACAAGGGCAAGUUGGCUCUUGAAGUCGGCGCUUUGGCCGCAGCUGUCACUGCUUACACAUCCCACUUGGCCAAUUUGAGAUCCGAGAAGGAAGCAGUUCCUUCCAAGAUUAGUGCUGCCAAAGAGAAGCACAGUUCUUGGGUUGAAGAGAAGAAAGAAAUGGCUGUCAAGGCUGCUCGUGAGCAUGAGCAACAACGUUUGGAAGCAAAAGAGCUUGCUGCCACCGAGGAGUACAAGACUAAGCUUGAAGAGGAGAAGCGUCAAUUGGAAGAAGAAAGACAGAAGCAUCUUGAGGAGAAAGAGCAGUUCGAGGUAGAAGAGAAGCAACGUCUUGCAGAAGAAAAACAGCGACGCGCCGAGGAAGAAGAGCAGGCAGCGGCUAAUAAGAGAAAGUUAGAGGAAGAAGAAGCCGCAAAGAAAGAACUCGCUGCUGAGAAGGAAAGAUUGGAUAGAGAAGCCAGUGAAGCCGAGAAAAAUCGCAAACUCGUUGAAGACGAGACGAGACAUGCGAAAGAGGCUGCUUCUGCUGCUGCAAUUGCCGGGACCACUGCCUCUGUUGGAAAGGUUAGCAACCCAAUCGCUCUCUCAGGCCCUGAGAAUGUCAGUAAGUCUGUGAAAUCCCCAGUGGAAGAGCAUUCCAAGUCGGUGGCUCCAAUUGAGACAAAGGAGCCACAACAUGAGUUGAACCCUAAGUCUGGUGCCUUUGCUGUUGGUGCUGCUGCUGGUGGGAUUGUUGGUGGUGGCGCUGCUGCCUCUGCUGCUUUGGCAACUCCUGAGAAGGUUCUGUCUGGAAAGGGUAGCUUGAAGAAGAAAUUCAAGAGUCUUAUUGGCAGAAAUAAGGAAGAGACGCAGCCAAAGUCCGUUCCCGUCAAAUCUGAAGAUCCGGAAGACUCCGAUGUAUUCUCCAUCUAUGAAGAAGUCGACGAUGAUGAGUAUGAGCGUAACAUCAAAGACCCUAACUACAUUGCCGUUGAUCCAUCCAAAGCUGAUGAGCUCCUCAAGCGUAACCGUGACAAGUUGAAUAUCUAA